UAUAAUACAGUUAGAACUUUUCAGAAGUUCAUUUGUUUGAAAAAUCGAUGUUCACUUUCAUUUUAAAAAAAAGUUUGCGAAAUGCAGAAAGCAGUUUGUUGAUCAUUCUUAAAUUAUAUUCGGAGAUUUAUUUCCUGUUGUUAGAGGUGCAGGCUUGAUUCAUAUCAGAAAUGGCAGGCAAAGGUGUGUCCAAUGAGACACCAUCCAUUCUACCUUUGAUUGAUCGCCUUGAGAAAAUGGCAAAACCAGUUCCAAACGACAAGAGACAAAAAAAAUAUUGCAAAUACAUAUCUCUGUUUUUAUCUCAUUUUGGGCAAGAACGAUGUAUGGUAGCUGGAAGUACUAAUGAGAACACAAGAUUGAGGCUAAAAGAAGAUGAAGGCGAUUUUGAUUAUUUGAUAAUUUCUGGAAUUUCUAUUCCAAUUGAAUGCUUAGAAUAUAGAAAGAACUUACCAUGUUUUGUAUAUAUUAACGGAAGUACGUUAGCAAGCCUGUUUCCGGGAGUUCAGCUGAUCGACGGCAAAUAUUUGCCAAGUGAUUUACUUAGUGAAAUAAAACCGGAAGCUUUCAAACAUAGUAGAAAUAUUUAUAAAAUAGUAACUCAAAUGGAUUCAACACGUGGUCGAAACACACUGCGUGUUUCAAUAGAUCAUAAAAUAAAACCUGGAUUGUCGUUGGUGCAUUAUUCAAAUCCUAUAUGCCCAGGGUUAAACAUGGAACAAAACAAACAAAAGAAAGACACCGGAAAAAUUAAGCAAAAUAUCGAGAAAAAUCUUGAAAGAGAUUCAGAUGAAUUUAAAGAAAUGAUAUACAGCAGAGUUAAAGCGUUUGGCGGUAUUGUUGGGGGAUGGGAAGAAUUAAACAAGUCUCCUGACACCGAGAAAACUAUUAUCCAUCAGACAUACGAUCCUAUCAUUAAGGCUUUUAAUUGUGAAGAUAAUUUGCAUCAAGCGGGUCCUUCAAAUCCAAAGAAACCAAAACUGGAGUCUAAUAAUGAUCUUUCAACUUCUACAAAUGCGCUAACGACCUCUAGUUUAUCAGGUAGAUUAAAUAAUGAGAGUCAGAGAGAAGAAGAUGCUCCAGGGAAUGAUGUAGACGAUGAAGUCACUAUUCAGUACAGCUAUAAAACAAGCAAAGAUUUCAUUCCCGUCUUUCCUCUAAAGGGAAAACCUAAGUAUUUAGAUGAGUGGCUAAACCGGAUAAGAAAAUGGCCGCCGACAGACGUCGUUACAGAUAUAUAUAACAGUGAGUUUUUCGUCGUUGCAAAACCUGCCCUUGUGGAACCAUCCAAAGAUAUGGAUUUUUGUCUUGCAUGCAAUAUAGGAGAAAUCAAGUUAGCUAAAGCAAUGACUCAAUUACAAAGAAAUGUCAUUCUUAUCAUAAAAGCAUUACAGAAAAGUGCAUUGCGAGAUUAUACUGAAAUACUGACAACGUUUCACUGGAAAACCGUUGUAUACUGGGUCUCUGAGAAAACUGAAACUCAGAUACUUGAAGACCGAACAGAAAAAAAUGUUCACAAUUUCCUUCAAAAUGUCCUAGAGUAUAUGGUUGAUUGCUUGUGUAAAAAUGAUCUGCAACAUUAUUUUGUUCCUAGCAAUCUCUUUGUCGGUAUACAUAAAGAUGAAAUACACGAUAUAGUACCUAAGAUUAUUGACAUUAAAAAAAACCUUAUGGUGAAUUUACAGAAUUUCGACAAAGAACAAAGUACUGACAGAGAUCACUUUGAUAUUGUGUCUAGGAGCAAGAUCAAAGAAUUCCAAAGAAUGUAUUCCGAUCCAGGUGACAACGUCGUAGUCGAAUCCGUCAUUUCACUCAUCAGGGGAUUCGUCAUUGAAAAUAGAGAAGUGAUGAGGGGAGCUUUAAAGGACGUUUUAACAGAAGCAGUUCCAUAUUUAAUUGAAGAAACCAGGGGACAUGAACCAAACGGCAAGGAUGGUAACUCCCCAAUUAUCCAAGCUCUUUUAGAAACAGGUAUUAUACGAACCACUUUGAUUGAUAGUGCUGUAUCCUGGCUCCUUGGUGAAAUGGAUAGUACUGAAGCACCAAAAGUGGAAGAUUUCAAUGGGAAUAUGUUUGUACAUGUAAUACAAAAUAUUUUAAAUGGAAACUAA